AUGUCAGCAAAUUCAGCUAACCCCAUGCCUUCCGGCGGCACUAACUGCUUAUCGUCGGUUCUCCGGCGAAUGCUUUGCUCCGGCAGCCUUCCGACACACCCUUCCGACCAAUAUCCCGAUACUUCCAUACCCGGAAACCUUUCCAAACACGACGAAAUUGUGAUGAAACAGGGCACGGGCUCGAAACCGGGCGUGGUGGCGAAGUUAAUGGGCCUCGACUCUUUUCCGGACUCGCCGAGCUGGGCCCACAAAGACCGUAGCUUGGGCUCCUUUCUCCGGAGCCGGUCGGUCAACUCCAUUGAUUUUCUGCCGCCUUUCGACCCGCCAAGACUACACCGGCGGGUCAGAACGUCUGUUUCGUUUCGCGAAGGAUUGUAUAAUUGUCGAGAGCUCGUGAGCUCGCCGGUUUCAAAUUACUCGGAGAAAGUGGGUGAAUUUGGAGAAGACGAGGAAUCGAGGGGCGGAAGUGAAGUUCACGAAAAGUUUCGGGAGAGAAGAGUGAUUCGGAAAAAGCUGGAGAUGGAGCUGUGUAAGCGAAAAAAGGCUUUGCAUGGGAGGAAAAAAAGACAAGGCUUGAAUUUGAAGGAGAAAAAGGCAGUUAUGAAGACAGUGGUGGGUUUUAAUUUUAAGGAAGAUUUGUCGUUACAGCCUAAUAAGUGUCUGAAGAUGAAAAAGCAGAACAAGAUUAUGUGUAUAUAUCCUGCUGAGAUUAUACCAGAAGUCAAACAAGAAGAGAAUUCAAGGCGAAACAUACGAUCUAAAACCGCAAGUUCGAAGAUUCCAUGUUCGCGCAAAGCUGGUUCUCAUGAUCGGGGGACGAUAAAUGCAAUUGCGAAAGGGAAGAAGGGAAAGAAAAUCAAACACGACGAGCAAUAUUGUUACUACAAAACAAUGGCGGAGAUAAUAUGUGGGCUGACAGAAGAAAGCGUAAACGAGAAAUGGACAUGGAUGGAAUUUGAAGAUUUUGAGGAUGUAUGCGAACUGCUCGGGCGGGGAAUUCUUGAAGGUUUGCUGAAACAGUUUGUUGACGAGCUCGUGCGCGCAGGAUUAUGA